GUUACGCAGCACGUUUGAGCUUCAACGAGAACCAAUGAGGUUCAUUCUUGUGUUACGUAGCACGUUUGAGCUUCAACGAGAACCAAUGAGGUUCAUUCUCGUGUUACGUAGCACGUUUGAGCUUCAACGAGAACCAAUGAGGUUCAUUCUCGUGUUACGCAGCACGUUUGAGCUUCAACGAGAACCAAUGAGGUUCAUUCUCGUGUUACGCAGCACGUUUGAGCUUCAACGAGAACCAAUGAGGUUCAUUCUCGUGUUACGCAGCACGUUUGAGCUUCAACGAGAACCAAUGAGGUUCAUUCUCGUGUUACGCAGCACGUUUGAGCUUCAACGAGAACCAAUGAGGUUCAUUCUCGUGUUACGCAGCACGUUUGAGCUUCAACGAGAACCAAUGAGGUUCAUUCUCGUGUUACGCAGCACGUUUGAGCUUCAACGAGAACCAAUGAGGUUCAUUCUCGUGUUACGCAGCACGUUUGAGCUUCAACGAGAACCAAUGAGGUUCAUUCUCGUGUUACGCAGCACGUUUGAGCUUCAACGAGAACCAAUGAGGUUCAUUCUCGUGUUACGCAGCACGUUUGAGCUUCAACGAGAACCAAUGAGGUUCAUUCUCGUGUUACGCAGCACGUUUGAGCUUCAGCGAGAACCAAUGAGGUUCAUUCUCGUGUUACGCAGCACGUUUGAGCUUCAACGAGAACCAAUGAGGUUCAUUCUCGUGUUACGCAGCACGUUUGAGCUUCUGCAAGAACCAAUGAGGUUCAUUCUCGUGUUACGCAGCACGUUUGAGCUUCAACGAGAACCAAUGAGGUUCAUUCUCGUGUUACGCAGCACGUUUGAGCUUCAACGAGAACCAAUGAGGUUCAUUCUCGUGUUACGCAGCACGUUUGAGCUUCAACGAGAACCAAUGAGGUUCAUUCUCGUGUUACGCAGCACGUUUGAGCUUCAACAAGAACCAAUGAGGUUCAUUCUCGUGUUACGCAGCACGUUUGAGCUUCAACGAGAACCAAUGAGGUUCAUUCUCGUGUUACGCAGCACGUUUGAGCUUCAACGAGAACCAAUGAGGUUCAUUCUCGUGUUACGCAGCACGUUUGAGCUUCAACGAGAACCAAUGAGGUUCAUUCUCGUGUUACGCAGCACGUUUGAGCUUCAACGAGAACCAAUGAGGUUCAUUCUCGUGUUACGCAGCACGUUUGAGCUUCAACGAGAACCAAUGAGGUUCAUUCUCGUGUUACGCAGCACGUUUGAGCUUCAACGAGAACCAAUGAGGUUCAUUCUCGUGUUACGCAGCACGUUUGAGCUUCAACGAGAACCAAUGAGGUUCAUUCUCGUGUUACGCAGCACGUUUGAGCUUCAACGAGAACCAGUGAGGUUCAUUCUUGUGUUAAUUGUGUAGCUGUCAAUGGAAGGAGAGAAAUCCCUCUGAUUUCAUUAAAAAUAUCUUAAUUUGUGUUCAGAAGAUGAACGAAGGUCUUACGGGUGUGGAACAACAUGAGGGUGAGUAGUAAAUGACAGAAUUUUCAUUUUUGGGUGAACUGACCCUUUAAUGACACAUUUUGAAACUUUUAAAGACAGACCUACUCUGAGCUUUUGUUGAAGCCAUUAUCCUGCAUUAUUUCAGCUUAUUUUUAAAACAAUUGUGUAACAGUAGAAUGGGUGAAAACCUACAUUACACAUAAUUCUUCUUACUGAAUAUUGUGCUGCCUGCUAUAUAUAAAUAAAAAUAAUAAAUGAACCAGCAGGCAUUAUUCUUUGGUCACUUUGGUCAACUUUCUUGACCAAACAUCCGCGAUGUUGCACAAAUACAGCUACACAUACACGCGAGUUUAAAAGGUCGACGUACCAAAAUAUGGUUCAGUCAAACAUUUACUGUAUCUGGAUCCCUCUAGUGACCCAGUGACCUCAAAUCAGCUGCGUUUCACUGGGGCGAAUCAUUCUUUAAUGAAGUCUGUUUGAUUAGACAAAGUCCUUUGAUUGCAGACGUUUCAUAUUCAAUUUGCAUCGGCGGCUCCAGAGGUCUUCAUUCGUGAGCAACAGACGCCUGAUAGUGGCAUUACUGGAUAAAGGUCUCUGUGUUAAUUACUGGUUGUUUAUUGUAGCGCUUCUGUAUUUAUCUGAUGUUACAGCUGGCCGGGUGAGGAGUUGAAUACGGAAACCGCUCUGCCAUAAUCGCUCUCUCCUAAUCCGAGCGAUCUGGGUGUGACCUUCUGUUUCUCAUUAAGACCCUUAAACGAAGAGAGUUUGGAUCGUAGGCCACAUUCGCACAACGGUUCUUACGUUCUGCAUUUUAUAACUGAACUGCGUUUUUUGCAUGCUGUUUAAAUGGAACUAGUCCGGUGACAAUUAAUUAAGAUUUGACUAAUGAAUUUGUACCUCAGUUGGAUUCGUUUAGGGAAGGAUUGCAGGGCGAUGCUCACGAAAAUAGAAAAGAUACUUGACUUUAUUUGGUCUGCUGCUGUAAGUUUUUGUAUGAACAGAACAGUUUGAGAGUAAGUAAAUCCUGUUAUCAUUUCCAGACACUGAGCCAUCAGUAAUACAAACAUUUAUAUGUGAACAUGUUCAUUUAUUUAUUUAAAUUUGGCUGUGUGAGGGGAACAUAGGCUUUUAACGGUGUUUGUGAAAUCUCUGUGCUGACGCACCUGAGGAAUUCUGGCUCUACCUGUCGCUCGUGUUUGUGUGAAACCGCUUAAAGUCCUCACUUAACAGAUCAACAUCCCUGUGCAAAUUUGAGACCAUUUCCUUGUUGCUCAGUAAAUUCUAGCACACUUACUCAUGAGUCAUUUGUUAAGCGUAAGGGUGAUGCCUGUUUAGGCUUAGGGAUUUUAGUUAAAGUGCCCCGUUAUGCUAUUUUAAAGGCUCCUAAUUUUGUUUUAGAGUCUCCUGCCAUUGAUUUACAUUCACCCAAGGUCAAAAACAAUUUAUUUUCUUAUAAUAUCCACUGCCGCAUCAGCUCUUUUCUCUCAGUGUCUGAAACGCUUCGUUCAAAGAUUCGGUCUCUCUAAACCCCGCCUCUCUGAGAGCUGCUCUGCUGUGAUUGGUCAGAAAUCAAACGCUCAUUAUCAUAUCUGAAUCUCAGCUCUUGAUUCACAGUGAUACGAACAGUAACGGUUUUACCGUAUCAAUCUCAUCAAUGUUGACUUGCUUUGGCAGCAGAAAACAGCGUCUUCUCGACAUGAACAACACGAACCAAACUCUUCCAGUCUUAGAUACAACUACAUUGUUUGAGGGCGGGGCAAAGAGACGCUGUUCAGCCAAUGAACACCGUAGGCUUUAUUUUCAUCACUGAACUCCAUGUUCCAGCAGCUGCUGCAGUGUUUGAGGUUUGAAGGCGUUUACAGUGCUGACAGUGAAGCUCAUGAUGGUCAAACCCACAUCCGCUGUUCCUCCAGUCUGUAAACAAACUCUCUCACACACACUCGCACAUGCUCAGAGUAAAGUUUGAUGACCUCAUUUCCUGUGCAGCCACUUGUUGAUGUUUUUGUCAUCGGUCCUCUGGGAGCGUCUCAAGGUUUCUCAGGGAAGAAUGCGAGUGUGUUUGUGACAAAAAGUAUAAGAAAAAUCAAUUCUAUUUUGCGUGAGAAAAUUUGGGUCCAGUGGCAUUUUCAUUUUACCAUCAAAUCUAAAAAAAGUCAAAUCAAAUAAAUAAAGAUCUUAAUGGUCCUAAAAUAGGCUUCAUUUUCAGUCAUGUUCGUGAAGGGCUUCACCCCUAUGCUGCUGCGAGACUCUUUCAUCGAGUUUGUUCUGUAAUCUAUUAAUAUAAUUGGAUUAUAUCUGAACUGCACAUAAAUCAGGUGUGGCUUCCCAUAACCCAUAGUUCUUUGUAAACGCUAUUAAUAUUCUCUCUAUUUAUAGAGCUGUCAUUAGCGCAGAGGAAGACUUAAAGGUCUCUGUUAUGAUUGAGAUGGUUGGAGAUUAUGGAGUUUUAAAAACAAAAGUCCAACCGUUUAAGUCCUGGCUGUGACUGAUGUGCCUUCUACAGUCAUCCUUUACAUCGAAUUAGAGAGAUAAAGUAGCCAAGCAUGAUGUUUCUGUGAUUAUUUUCUCAUUUCUUUUUGAAUCUGUAUGACGUUAUUUUAUCAGUCGCACACUAAAGGAGAGGUUCAGCAAAUAUGAUCUUUUCAGGAUUUUCUUCUGCUGCUUUCGUGGGUUAAAUGUCAGUGAUUUCUGUUUUUUUUGGUCAUCUAAAGUAGGUCUGUUGUUGCCAGUGUUCCUAGUGAAAGCUUGGCACGGCCGGGCACCGGGAGCGACCCGCAGCUGUCCGGAUCUCUGUGUCCCGGCACAGAAACACAUCCACACAAACUGGGCCGUGAAUCAUGAUCGCAGGUCGAAGAUGCAGAACAGGGCUGCAAAUGCCUAUUCAGAUUCACCUGUUCAGGAUUCAUUCAGUAUUCAAGCCUAUAAAAUAAAAAAUGUAAUUACAUUUUUCCUUAGAAAUACAUUACAUUAAUGCAUUUGGCAGAUGCUUUUAUCCAAAUCAACUUGCAUUGCAUUCAAUUAUACAUUGUUUUUAGUUAAUGCAAUUUUUCCCUUCAUGCAAUCAAACCCAUGCAUUCUUUUAUUAUUGAUGCACCAAAAUUGUGGCAACAGAAUUUUCGAUUUCGGCCGUUUUGGAGGAGCGCUCAUGAACCGAUCAUCUCUUCCUCUUUACUACUAGUUACAGCACCAAAUAAACAUGAAUGAACAUCAGAAGGAAUGUUGAAAGAUACAGAACAACUUACUGAAAUGAAUCAUGUCUCGUGUAAUCGAUCAAUCUGUGAUUCAAUCGUGGAAAGACGUCAAUAAAACAGCUUGAGAACGUAACGUCACAUUUACCUCAGAAAAGCCAUUCAGUGACCAUUUUUCCUUGUUGUCUUCAUUAUUUAAUGUUGUUUGAUUAAAUCUGUAAUAAAAACAAUUACAUUUAAAUGUUUAGAUUUCAACAAUGAAUUGGAGUAGAAACAAUUAUAUACCACACUGAUUUUGGAGUCUCUAACUCAGUCCCUCUAGCGCCACCAUCUGUCCAAAGUUGCACUCACAUUUAUGCUAAUAACUUUUGAACUGUAAGGGUUUUUUUUUCUCUCUAAUUUCUUGGCUCAAGACGAUUCGAUUGCACCCUAUGACGUCAAUUUCGGUCAUGAAAAUUUUUCCGCCAUUUUGAAUUUUCCAAAAAAAAAAAAAACUAAUUUCUAAUUCCUCCUAGGCUGUUACUCUGAUUUUCAUGAAAAUUGAACCAGAUCAUCUUCAGACCAUGCAGACAAAAAGUUAUGGAAUUCAAGUCGAUUUGUCAAACAGUUUUCGGAAAAAGCACAAACGAAUUUUACGCAACACUUGCGAAAAUAGAUGUACGGCUGUAUCUUCUCAACGCUUUAUCGUAUUCAGACCAAACUUGGUCCAUGUCAUCACAAGCAUGACCUGAGGUUACAUGCUGUGUUUCGGCAGCGCCACCUACUGGUCCGGAGAUACGAAAAAUGGCUAUUUUUGUUAUAUAACUUCUAAACGGUUCGUCCAAAAAUCAUAAAAGUGGCCUCGUCAGAUUUGGGAUAUCCAGUUUUCCAAUAUCGGCCAUUUUGAAUUUUGUAGUAAAAUGCUGUUUUAAAAAUGAAAAUGAAAACUUGAAUUUUGAUUUCUCUAAAAAAUUAAUUUCAGUGCAUCAGAAGUGUUGUCACUAGCCAGGUUUGUCCGCAUUUUUGAUUAUUGAUAUUUAUUAGUUCUUGCAGCCCGUUCACACCAAGAAUGAUAACUAUAUUAGCGUCCACACCAGCGCAUGAUAACAUUUAGUUGAUCAUAAUUGCGUGCUGCGGUUUUGUUGUCUGCUGCUUUAAAUGCUUGAGCUCUUUAAAGUCAGAAUCUGAUUGGCUGUCAGUGUUUUUAUCGUUCGCUCUGAUCGUUCGUCAUUAUUAGUGCAGUUAUUGUGUGGACUCACUAUUCUCAUAGAAUUAGAAUGAUUAUUAAAAAUCUUUAGUUACCGUCUGAGCCAUUAUGGUGUCUUUUUCUUGAGCAUCACAUGAAUGAUGAAAAAACAGACGGAGAUGUGUGUGGAUGAACGUUGACUAAAGGUGUGUGUGUUUUGGCGCUGAUCCUGAAUAUAUUUUCUUGUCUUGUUCUGUUCUGGUCGCUUCGCUCUGCCUGUAGAACCAGUUUAACUGUGUCCAGCGUGACCCAUUUACAGGACCUGAGAGAGACACACACGGCACGCUGUAGCCUACUUACACUAGCCUAUAUAUACACCAUCACAGCACACUCAUUCAAAACUUUCCUCUGGAAGUGUGAUAAUGUAUUUAAUGUGUUUGCAUUUACGGCUUCAUUUGUCACUGUCGCUCUCUGUGUUUACAGUUAGCAUCGCUCAUAAUGAUUUGAACGCAAAAUCAACUAAUUGGUUGUAAUUAGCUGGUUUUGGGUUCACCUGAUGUGUUUCAACAUACGAUGUACUCACGUUGUAGGCGUCUAGACUGUGAUGAACUCAGAUGAUCUGUGUGUGAAUCCGAGUAUAAAGAUUUUCCACGCUGAGAUCUAUUUGUGAUGCGCCUGAGGUUUAAUCGCACAGAUCUGUGGAUCGGGGCCGGCCCAGAAUACUUUACAAGGAUGCAAAAUUAGCUCUUCUUAAAACUGAAUCAGGCAGCUUCCAGUUUACGCCUGCUAUUAACAUCCGUCUCAGCAUUAAAUACUGGUGUAGACGAGGCCCAAAACAUUGUGAUCUGAUACACAUCUGGAGGUGUUCGGAAAUGCAUAUUUGUAGUUUUAAUGCUAAUGCAACCUUCAUUGCACUUUUGCAUAAUGAUAACAUUAUAAUUGUGUGUUUGGGACAUGGAUUUUAAUGAUGAGACAUUUUUUUUUUGUAAUCAGGCCCCUUUAAAAAAAUUAUAUAAAAAUGUGUUUAGGUUUAUCGGCCAAUAUAUCGGUUAUCAGCUUUCAAAUAUAAACAAUUAUCGGCCAAAAUUUUCAUAUCGGUGCAUCCCUAAUUUAGUCACAUCAUUAGUCAAGUCAGCUUUAUUUUACAGACUGUUUCAAAUCAGCUUCACAGUAAUAAAACAGGAAAAUAACAGUGUCAAUGUUGCAAAAUUAAUAAAUUCGGCUGUAAAGAAGCUCGACAGAAGACUAUAGUUCAUUAUUCAGAUAAAUUAAGUUCAGUGUUGAUUCGAUUCAGUUCAAUAACUGUUGGAUAGCGUCAUUUUUCAGCUCAAUUCAGUUUAUUUUGUGUCAGUGCAGUCAAAUCAAUAAUAUUACUGAAUGUUAAGUGUCUUUUUAAACAGGAUAGUGAACAUUUUCACACUUAAACAUCUUUAAAAGAU